AUGCAGCUUCACCAGAUAUUCCUGCUCCUGACCGCUGCCAUCAGCGCAAACGCCUGCCAGUAUUACACCACAAGCCAGCAAGAUGGUGCUGCCACUCAACAUGCUUGCGGCAGAGUUUCUGGUGCCUCCUUCAAUGAUGUACCACAUCAUCAAUGCAACAAGGGCGGCGAUGGAGUUCAGAAUUGUGGUUGGGAAGAUGAGUGCAAUGACUACUCGAAAACGACGAAUAACGGGAAGACGUAUUACCAGUGGUGCUGGAAUAAAGUAGCGAACGUCGGGUAG